AUGGAUUUACAAGGCAUCAUUUUUCAUCUUCCUGUGAUUUCUGUAAGAAAACGCAAAAUAACCAAUCCUAUUAAUCUCAAUUGUCGUUUUCCAGACGGAGAUUGUUUUAAAAUUGGAAUAAGUCUGUUGAACAAUCAAGGUCACCAAGAACUUUCUAUUAAUUUCAUACUUAUUCCUACGAAAUCAACAGCCGAGGUUUCUGAAUAUUUCAAUGUGGAUCCUAAUCUGAAUCAAGUUCGCCUCUUAUAUAAAACCAAUGGUGUUAAUAGUGAGGAAUACGCAAGAUAUGAAAGCAAUAUGUGGUGGGAGAUUAUCGGAUAUAAUUCAUGUGUAUCAUUACUUUAUUUUACAAAGUAUAUGAAAAUACAUGAAUUGUUUGAAGUUUCUUUUUCAUGGUCUAUGAGAGAUGGCAGACUUUUCGGGGAAGCAAUUGUUGACACUGUUGAUGUUUGUGAUGACAUUAUUGAUAUAUCUGAAGAUGAUGAAAUUAUUGAUGACGCUUCAUCUGAAUUGUUAGUGGUAUAUAAAAUUUUCCAUUUGGUACACGUAAUUGCAGUUUUAGAAGUUAAUAAUGUUUGA